AGAGAGCUCAUAUACAAAAGCUUUUCAAAAUAUUUUGUCAAAAUGACUUAUCAAAAAUAAAUAAAAAUAAAGAAAAAUAAGAAAUUUGUCAGAAUUUAUUUUUUCAAGCAUUUUUUAAGUUAAGUGCUCAAGAUGAUUUCACGAAAACACUGACAUAUGACAGAGUUCCAAGUUACUAUACAUGGAACCAGAGUUCUAAAACUUUUCAACGGCGAAAACAAGGUGCUGCGGUUGAUGGUUUCCCCGGAGUAAAAAAAGCGGAUGCUCUUGGCAGAGUCUACACGAUUGGUGAAUUUAGAUAUUCCAAAGAUAGCAGGAAAUCUUCAUAUGUAUUUAAUUUAGUAUCAGCAUUGCACCCGUGCGAAGCCAGGGCGGAUCUCUAGUAUAUACAUAACUUCAAGCUUCAUGUGCUGAGUAACUGUCGAUAGUGCAACGUUCCAAAUAUAAGGUUGUCAUGCUGCAAAAAAAAAAAAGAGACGAUGAAGUGUUCAAAAAAUUUAAAAAUUUCAUUGAAACGCUAGAGAAAAAGCACUUCCUAACCCGUAUUGAACUGAAUUGCGGAUAUGAGUACAUGUGUACAAUGUACAUAUGAAUAUAUAUGUUUAUAUAAAAUAUGCAUGAGAAUGCAGGUGAAAUUCUACACUGUCAAAUAUUAACACAAAAACAUUUACAUAUCACACAUACGCACACACAAACACAUAUUUGCUAACAACUGUAAGCGCAGCAAAGUGCUCAAAACUUUCAGUGAAGAUUAGACAACUUGAAGGAGUGGUGAGUUGCCACCAUCAUCUCGGACAGACAGCACUUAUGUCGUUGGCUUCAAAUUACAUUUGUAUGUUUGUGUGUGUGAAUGUUUAUAAAUGGGUUGAAAAAAAAACCAGAAACUUCAAAUUUAAUGGAAAACGACCGGCUAAACGAUCAACGAAGUGCUCUCUCACUAAAUUCAUUGAUUGAUGCGAUGUGUCGAAAUCACGAUCUUCAAUUUCAGGAUCAAAUAGUCGGUUAUCAUGGCGCGAUAACGGGCUCUAUCGACGGUUACGGUCUCAUCGGCAUUUUUUUUGUUCCAAAGCAAUGCAAUGGACAAUAAUUCCCACCGUCAAUGACAUCUCCGUGUGAAAGUGGACAGGUUUUAAGUUAGUGCUGUCUUUAAAAAAGCUAGUGCUGGUUCUGUGGUAAUCGUAUUUUGUGCAUGGUACAUAUGAAUAUAUAUUCACAUUUACAUGAAAAGCAACUGGCCCAUUAUGUAACAACCAUUGUGCUGCUGGGAGUAUCUGAAAUUCUCAUUCUUCAAGAUACACAAUAACAUAAAGUUAAGAGAUUAAUAACAACAACAGACAUUUGAGCAUCAUUUAAGGACAUUAUCAAAUGGCGAAAGACAAGCGAAUUUGUUGUAAUCAUUAAAAUACGAGACUAAUGUGAGCCAAUACAUCAAAUAAGUAACAAAUAAAUAAUUCAGAAAAAAGAGGGACCACCCACAACGUCUGCGUAUAAAAGAAGGCACUUAUUGCUAGUGUGAAAAGAAGAAGAGAGGUUGAGAGACGGCGCUGACAGCAUGUGGUGCGGGCACAAUAUAUAAAUAGAGUGCCGGACUGGUAAUUGACAAACUCCUACAACAACAACAAGUGUACACAAAUAGAACAUUUGUUGGCGCAAAAAGUACGCAGGCAUAUAACGGAAACGUAAAUAAAUCGGAAGCGAAAGCCUAAUUGAAUUUACGAGCAUACGUAACACCUCCGCACGUCCACUCUCACUCUUUUUCUUCAAUGCUGAGUAAUGAUUACAGGAAGUAACGAGAAAGUGUUAAAUAUAAAUUAAGAAACAUAAAUGAAGAACGCGGUGAAAGCUCAUUAAAUAUAUUAAAGCAAUCGUUUUAGUGUUAGUGUAGGAUUUUCAUCAGAAAAUUCUCAGAAAUCUUUUUUUUUUUUUGUGAUUUUUUAGUCUGUACAUCAUUUAGUGUCUUGUAAAAUGCCAAGAAGUCAUAAAAAGCUUUAAAUUUACCUUUCUUUAAUCAACCAGCGAGCAUAUUGAAUCAAAAUCACACUUUGAGCGAUUUAGCAUAUUAUUAACGGUAAUCUCAGCUUCGUUUGAAGUGAGAAGAUCAAAUAAUAUUACGGUACACUAACAAAUCAGUAACUUUUAGCUGUUGGUCGUCUCUUAGCAGCCGUCGUCGGCCACAUUCAUAAUGGCUGACUUGGAACGCAUAAGACUGGUUAUCCUGGGCGGCGCUGGUGUGGGCAAAUCAUCCAUCAUCAAACGUUUUCUCUUCAAGACCGACACAGACAAAUAUCGCGCCACGGUCGAGGAUCUCUUUAAUCGCGAAUACGAUUUGGGCGGUGUUAUACUGAAGGUUGACAUUUUAGACACUUCCGGCGAUAUGCAAUUUCCCGCUAUGCGACGUCUGUCCAUUGCCACCGCCUACGCUUUCAUGCUAGUCUAUGCGUCCACGUCUGCGUCGAGUUUUCAAUGUGUCAAACAGUGUUUCGAGGAGAUACGUGAGCAGCGCGCUGACUUCGAAGAUAUUCCCAUUGUAAUCGCCGGCAAUAAAUCUGAUUUGGCCAAUACACACAGGGAGGUUCGACUGGAAGAAGUCACGGACUGGGUCUACUGUGAAUUGCCGCGAUUAAGAGCGAAAGUGCUGGAAUGCUCUGCCAAGGAGGAUCAAAACGUGACUGACCUCUUCAAAACGUUGCUGUCACUGUCACGAUUUCUGCCAGGCGGGAGCAAUAAUGACGGCACAAGUGGACUGAAGCGCCGCUCUUCGGCAUAUGUUAGCGCAUCGUCAAGUAGAAACAAGAAUCGCAACGCCAGUUCAUUCGUUUCCGGUGAUAAAAAGUCCAGUUUGGUCGAAGCGGUUGAUCCAGCCACCAGCAGCGGCGAUGACAAGCUAAAGCCCACAUCUAGGUCACUCAUACGCCGUGCAUCACGAAAGACCAAACAACAAAUCAACAAUACGUCCGAUGAUUGUAAUUUUCAAUAAAGCGACGAAGGAAGGAGGUGCUUAUACUUGAUUAGAAGAAAAUUGUAGGAACAAGAAGCAACAAUAAGCAGCAAAGUGUACAUAUGUAUGUUUGGGAGAGUGUAUGUGUAUGUGUGCGAGCGUUGAUGUUGGUGUGCAUGUAAGUAGGCGUAGUUAUUUGUUUGUACAAAUUUAAUUAACUAUAGUCAAAGUGAAUUCACCGCAAUUGUCGCUUGAAUGAUGACGGCGCAAAAAAAUUACAUAUUUUGAUAUGAACGCUUAAUUAGAACUAUAACAUAACACUACUAAUAAUGAUGAAAACAGGGCAAUUGUCGUUGGUUAAGAAAAAAAUUAGCGAUAGUUUUGUGGAUAUAUUACGGCUAAAAAAUUACGGCUUAAAGAUUUACAAAAAAUUAGCAAAUA